CCAAGCCAGGAGAAUUUGCCCGGACGUAACCCAGAUACCCAGUUCCUUCGCUUACUGAACAUCUUCCCCACUAAUUUACUCAUUUUCUGUUUUUAUUCAAAAUUUUCUUUUUAUUUUUUUUCAGAGCAAAAAAAUGUAUGUUGCAGCCACAAAACAAUAUCAACAACAACCACCUCAACCCUUUAUUAACGGGGAAAGGAAAAGGAGCAAAAAAGAGCGUCCAAAACCUUCAGGCUCUUCUCUAGUCACAAAUACAGAAAAUUUACAACUUUUCCAAGUUUUGGGAAGAGACCGUAUUUCUACUAUGGCUGGGGUUGCUCAAUUGUUAGAUGUCCAUCCAAACUGCCCAAAUGUUUGGAGGAAAGUUAAUGUUGGUUUGGCAGUCUUGACAAAGGAUUAUGCUAAAAAACAUUACUCAAUGUGCCUAUAUGACAUUAUGAAUCAAAAAAUUGUUUGGGAUCAAGUUUUAUACAAAAACUUUGAAGCACAAUUUCAUGAGAAAUGUCCACGGUUUAUUACAUUCGAAGGCGAUACUUGUCCUUAUGCAUUAAAUUUUUGCGAUUCUGAAGAGGCGGAAAAGUUUAAACAUAUGUUAACAUUAACUAUAAGACGAACUAACAAUCCUAGGAAUGAUUCAGUCAAACCUCAAGUUCAACACCCUCAAAAUUAUGUGCCGUGUUUUGCUAAUCAAUUAUCCCCUACAGCUCCAAAUAAUUUUAAAAAAUCACCAAACCAAAAUGGCUCAAACUUUCAAAUGCCAACAGGAAUAACGAAUAUGGGGACUGUUCCACAUGUUGGCUCAUCUUUGCAACAAUUUUUUUCUCCAAAAAAGAAGAAACAAUCUAAAAAGGAUAAAAAUGCUGGUGGACGUCCGCCUCUUACAAAAGAAGAUAUUGGAGCUCCAACUGGCUUUGAGCAUAGAGUGCAUAUUGGUUGGGAUGCUUUGAGUGGUUUUAACAAUGAAAGUCAAGGUGCCCCAAUGGAUGAAACAGUUCGUCGAUUACUUUGUGAAAUUGGACACAAUCCUGGCGAAAUGAAAAAAAGCGAAUUAAAAUUUGCUCAAAAAUUUAUUAAUAAUUAUAAUGUUGAACAACUACAAGCAGCAAAGCCUUUACAAAAUGAUUUUAAUAAUUUUAAUUUGAAUAAUAAUAAUAAUAGUAUUGUUGUUGGUCAAGUUGUUAAUCAACAUCAACAGACUAGCUCAAAUCCACCGCCUCCAAUUUUCACAAAUUCAAAUUAUCCUCCACCACCACAACGUAUUCAAGGGGCUUCUUUGAGCAACAAUAUUAUUGUUAAGCAACAACAGAAUGCUUCAACACCAGUUAUUUCACCUCCUCGUCCUCAAAAUUUGCCUACAAAUAAAAAUAUAAUUCAGCCACCAAAGUUAAAACCGCCACCUCCACCUGUUCCGCCUGUGGUUAAAGAGUCAUCUCCACCGCUUCAAAAUGCUAUGGAUAAGAAUUCAUCAGCGCCGGGGGGACCACCUCCGCCUCCUCCUCCUCCACCGCCAUGUCCGCCUCCACCGCCAUCUUUACUUUCAAAACAAUUUUUGAGAGAGAACAGUAAUGCAGAAAAUAUACCCAAAAAUCAACAACAACUUCAAGCAGCUCCUCAUCCUCCACCACCCCCUCCUCCACCACCGCCAAUUGAUAAUAAAGCAAAUCUUCUUCAACAAAUUCAACAAGGAGCAAAUUUGCGUAAAGUUGGAUUUCCUCCAGACGAUAAAAAGCCUGUGCCUACAAAUCCUCCAAAUUUGAGGGAUAGUAUGAUGGAACAAAUUAAGCAAGGAACAAGUUUGAAACAUGUUGAUCAAGCAACGGUUGAACAAAAUCGUCGUUCUGGUGGUGGAUUACAAGAUUUUGGUGGAAUUGCGGGAGCAUUGGCAAGAGCUUUAGAGGAAAGGAGGAAAAAUAUACGGCCUGACGAUUCUUCUGAUUCUUCAAGCGAUAGUAGUACAGACAGUGAAUGGGGAGAGGAUUCGUAGAGGAGGAAAAAAGUAGUUUCUUUGU